AUGGGUAUUCAAUCAAAUGAACCUAAAAAAAUAUUCGUCAAUUCGCCUCUCUCCACAGGAAGCUGCCGCGGCGAGCAACCGCGUUCAUUAGGUUACCUGAAAAAAAAACUUAAGCUGUUUAUAUCUGUCUCAGCAGGAUUUACUCUGGAGACCGCGCAUAUUGUUGCUCACUUCUGA